AUGCCUGGAGAAGUCAUCGACCGGCCUAAUCCGCAGCCAUUGCCGUCGCGUUUACCAGAUUAUGUGGAGAAUUUGCAAAUUAAACUCGAGCAUGAGACGCUCGAUCAAAUCUCCUGCGAUGCCUUGUUCAAGUUUCGCCGGGCGGCGUGCUAUAUCGCGGCAGCAAUGAUUUUCCUCAACGAUAACACACUCCUGAAAAGAGAACUUACAUUCGAUGAUAUUAAACCUCGGCUGCUCGGUCACUGGGGAACAUGCCCUGGUCUCGUUAUGGUGUACUCUCACCUGAACUAUCUCAUUCGGAAGAGAAAUCUUGAUAUGCUCUUUGUUGUUGGUCCGGGACACGGAGCACCGGCAAUUUUGGCAGCGUUGUGGCUGGAGGGGUCACUGGAGAAGUUCUACCCGCAGUAUUCUCGUGAUCGCGAAGGUCUUCACCGGCUUAUUUCGACGUUCAGCACGACAGCUGGCCUUCCUAGCCAUAUCAAUGCUGAAACCCCCGGAUCCAUUCACGAGGGUGGAGAGCUAGGCUAUGCAUUGGCCGUGUCCUUCGGCGCGGUCAUGGACAAUCCCGAUCUGAUUGUUCCUUGUGUCAUUGGAGAUGGAGAAGCCGAAUCUGGUCCCACUGCUGCCUCAUGGCAUGCAAUCAAGUACAUCGAUCCCAAAGAGUCCGGUGCGGUUCUUCCGAUUCUUCACCUCAAUGGUUUCAAGAUCAGCGAGCGCACUAUCUUCGGCUGCAUGGACAACAAGGAGUUAGUAGCACUUUUCAGCGGAUAUGGCUACCAGGUCCGGUUCGUGGAGAAUUUGGAUGAUAUCGAUACAGAUCUUCAUUUUUCCAUGGUAUGGGCUGUGGAGGAGAUUCAUAAGAUUCAGCGGGCCGCUCGUCUUGGGAAACCAAUUUUGAAACCUCGUUGGCCACUGCUGAUAUUGCGAACACCAAAGGGAUGGUCCGGUCCGAAGGAGCUCAAUGGCCAAAUCAUUGAAGGGUCCUUCCAUUCCCAUCAAGCCAAGAAAGAUAAGCAGCAGUUGAGCCUUCUGCAGCAAUGGCUCGCGGGUUAUAAGCCCGAGGAACUUUUUACGGAAGGCGGCGAUAUUAUUGACGAGAUUAAGUCGGUUAUUCCAGUGGAGGACGCGAAGAAGUUGGGCCAGCGCAUUGAAGCCUACAACAGCUAUGUCGCACCUCAAAUGCCGGACUGGAAGCAGUUCUGUGCGAAGAAAGGCACAGAACAAAGUGCAAUGAAGGUAAAUGGCCAGCUGAUCAAUGCUGUCUUCGUGGAAAACCCGCACACCGUGCGGUUGUUUUCUCCGGAUGAACUGGAAAGUAACAAACUCGACGCCGUCUUCAAAGACACCAACCGCAACUUCCAGUGGGAUGAAUUCGCCAAUGCGCGCGGUGGUCGUGUAAUUGAGGUGUUGAGCGAACACAUGUGUCAGGGUUUCAUGCAGGGGUACACUCUGACUGGACGGACGGCCAUUUUCCCAUCCUAUGAGAGCUUCCUGGGCAUUAUUCACACGAUGAUGGUGCAGUAUUCUAAGUUCAUCAAGAUGGCACUCGAGACCAGUUGGCACGGCCCUGUUAGCAGCAUCAACUACAUCGAGACCAGCACCUGGACCCGCCAGGAGCACAAUGGCUUCUCCCACCAGAACCCAUCUUUCAUUGGCUCCGUGCUCAAGCUCAAGCCCACCGCCGCUCGUGUCUACUUGCCACCUGAUGCCAACACUUUCUUGACCACACUCCACCAUUGUCUGAAGUCGAAGAACUAUAUCAAUCUUAUGGUCGGCUCCAAGCAGCCGACUCCCGUGUAUCUGACACCAGAAGAAGCCGAGAAUCACUGCAGGGCGGGUGCAUCGGUCUGGAAAUUUUGCAGCACGGACGAUGGUUUGGACCCCGAUGUGGUCCUGGUUGGUAUUGGCGUCGAGGUCAUGUUCGAAGUUGUCCAAGCUGCGGCGAUCCUGAAAGAGCGAGCGCCAUCUCUGCGCGUCCGCGUGGUGAACGUGACCGACUUGAUGAUCCUCGAGAACGAAGGCCGCCACCCGCACGCACUGUCCACUGAAGGUUUCAACGAUCUCUUUACGGCAGAUAGACCCAUUCACUUCAAUUAUCAUGGCUAUCCAACUGAGCUGCAAGGCUUGCUGUUCGGUCGACCGCGUCUUGAUCGUGUUUCGAUCGCCGGGUACGUGGAAGAGGGCAGCACUACCACGCCCUUUAAUAUGAUGCUUGUCAAUCGGGUUUCACGCUAUCAUGUUGCCCAGGCGGCAGUUGGUGGGGGAGCCAAACGGAAUGAAAAGGUCCGGGCUCACCACCAAGAACUGUUUGCCGAGUUCGAGCAAAAGAUUGGUGAGACGAGAAAGUACAUCAUCGAGCAUCUCGAAGAUCCUGCUGGCACAUAUGACACGCCCACUAAUCUUGCAAAUGCUGCCUAG